AUGGCUCCAGGACCAAAGUCUAGCCGGGUGAAGCCCUCCGAGGUGGCGGCUGAUACGAAGAGGAACUUUAUUCCUAUGGUCGCAGCCAACUAUGGCGAGAUGUUCCCCCCUUAUUCCGUCCUCUACAGACAGCCUACAACGCAGCUGGGGAUCCAGCGACGGAGCUUGAGCACACGACCUCCCAUUUUCCGUGUAGAAGCAGGAGACCCUGUCAUGAUUGCAAUAUCCUGUGCUGCUGCUGACAGCCAAGCCAGUGAAGCCACAGGUGGGCCGCGAGUCAGGAUCCCCUUCAUCUGCGCCGCCAACGAGCGUCGGCCAGGAGGUGAUUGGGAAACAGGCUGCUCUGGCUAUGAGGAGAAGCUUUGCCGCAGGAGCAACCUCUCGGCGACGCUUAGUUCACCCUGGCCCAACACGCAAGUCAUUUCCAACUAUCCCAUACCAUCGACUGGGGGUAUCUUGUCUGAUGCCGUAGUUGUCUGUCGUGGACCGCAUGACGAGUACGAGAGACUUGAAAAAUGGCAAGACUUGCCUGUUGUAUCCGUGCCGCCCACGCGAUGGCCGAAGCUAAAGGAGAACGGGACCAUGUACUCGUUCGCUGACGAGCGCGACAUGAUGAAGGACAAGAUUCGCGGCGCCCUCAGAAUCUGCCUGUACAACAACUACGACAGAGUCGUGGUCGGAGACUUUGGCCUGGGCAACAGCUGCCGCAACCCACCUCGGGAGGUGGCGGAAAUCUGGCGGGAUAUAUUCCUUUUCGACCCUGACCUCCGCGGGCAAUUCGCGUACGUUGUGUUUGCCUUUGAGGACGCUUCGCAAAGCACGACACGCUCCAUACGGGACGAGAUGGCAAGGAAGGACAAGAGGCGAGACGGCGCUACAUGGAGUUUACGGAUGCAUCACGCGGCAUCUACGACAACAGGGCGAGGGUUGGCCCCGACUGCCCCAACGGACAUGGUUAUCUUCCAGGCUGUCUUGGAACCUUUAGAGAUUGAGCGAGUACUCAGAGCACCUGACCCCCGUUACGGACUAGAUAUGAUUACAAGCUAG